UUGUGGUAAAGGAGGCAGAGAAAGAAAAGAUAAGAUUUUUGAGCUACUGCUGCAAUUGUUGCUUGUUAUAACUUAUCCUUUCUUAUAGAGAAGAAGUAAAAGCUUCUGAAAAUAACAAAAAUCUUAUCAAUGGCGUCAGCUUCUCUCCUUAAGUCUUCUCCUUCAACUCUUCAGUCUGAGUGGAUAAAGGGUCAGACCCUUCGUCAGCCCUCUGCCUCCGUCGUCCGCUGCCACCCCACGGCCGCCCCCUCUGCUCUCACUGUCCGAGCUUCCUACAUUGAUGAGCUCGUCAAGACUGCGAAAACUAUUGCCUCACCAGGACGUGGAAUCUUGGCCAUGGAUGAAUCAAAUGCAACCUGUGGGAAGCGUUUGGCUUCAAUCGGGUUAGAGAACACCGAAGCCAACCGUCAGGCAUUCAGGACCCUACUUGUGACGGUUCCAGACCUUGGAAAGUAUGUCUCUGGCGCUAUCCUGUUUGAGGAGACUCUUUACCAAUCAACUGUUGAUGGAAGGAAGAUUGUCGAUGUUCUUGUUGAACAGAACAUUGUCCCUGGUAUCAAAGUCGACAAGGGUUUAGUGCCUCUUUCUGGUUCGAACAAUGAAUCAUGGUGCCAAGGUCUUGAUGGUCUUGAUUCUCGCUCUGCUGCUUACUAUCAGCAAGGAGCUCGCUUUGCUAAAUGGCGUACUGUUGUAAGCAUUCCAAACGGACCAUCUGCUCUGGCCGUGAAGGAAGCUGCAUGGGGUCUUGCACGAUAUGCUGCUAUUUCUCAGGACAAUGGUCUGGUUCCAAUCGUUGAGCCAGAGAUCUUACUCGACGGAGAACAUGGAAUCGACAGGACAUUCGAGGUUGCCCAAAAGGUUUGGGCAGAGGUGUUCUUCUACUUAGCCGAAAACAAUGUGACAUUCGAGGGAAUCCUUCUCAAGCCAAGCAUGGUCACUCCAGGAGCAGAGUGCAAGGAAAGAGCCACACCCGAGCAAGUCGCAUCCUACACCCUUUCACUCCUCAAGCGCAGAGUCCCACCGGCCGUUCCAGGCAUCAUGUUCUUGUCUGGAGGGCAAUCGGAGGUGGAAGCUACCUUUAACUUGAAUGCAAUGAACCAGACACCGAACCCAUGGCACGUAUCGUUCUCGUAUGCUAGGGCUCUUCAGAACACUUGUUUGAAGACGUGGGGAGGACUCCCGGAGAACGUGGCGGCGGCUCAGGAAGCGUUGCUGGUGAGGGCAAAGGCUAAUUCCCUUGCUCAGCUUGGGAAAUACACUGGCGAGGGAGAGUCGGAGGAGUCCAAGAAGGGAUUGUUUGUUGAGGGCUAUGUUUACUAAUUUCGUCCACCUCUUUUAACUGUUUCCAUCUUUUAAGAAUGUUCCAUAUAUUAGAUUCAUUAAUGGAAGGAAGGAAUGAAGGAAGGAGACGUUUUUAGCAGAAAAAAAUAAUAAUAAAAUGGAGGAAAGGAGAAGAAGAUGUUGAGGAUCAUGAGAAGGAUGCAGGUUUUCGAUCCUUAAUUUGGUGUGUCUAUGCUUAAUCAUAGCCGUACGUUUCCUUUUUGUUUUGAUUGGUGUACUAUUCUACUAGAAACAAUAAUAUAAUAAUAAUAAAUAUUAUUUUGAUUAUCCCAUUA